UCUCAGAUUGUGUUUGUCAUAGAUGGAAUCUUCAGUGGGCUGGUCUUACAGUAUUUUGCUGGAAGUGAUUCUUAGGAGUACAGGUUAAUGACUGAUCCUCCAGUCUUUUCCAGAGUUUUAUAUUGAAAUCAGUGAAAACCUCUAGAAGAUAAACUUACACAAUUUUGUAUAAAUUAAAGAAAUAGAAUUUUACAUGAAGCUCUUGGAAUAACUUCUUUCUAAUCCCAGCUUUAAAAGAAGAUAUUUUACAAGUUUCUUGAUCUGUUUAAAAGAAGUAGAAAAGAUAAAUCUUCUCUUCAGUGCCUGGAAGGGAAAACAAAAUAACCUCAACUCCGCUUUGAAAAAAAUCUUUCCAAGAACUUUCUUCAGAGAUUUGACUCAGAUAAUUUCUACAAUGAAGAAAGAACAGAUUUUUUGGACUUCUGUGUAUCUGCUGCUUAACUGUGCUUCUGCCCCUCUUAGUGCUGUCGCCGAGGAUGCUGAGGAAUAUACAGAUGUCACAGAUGAUGGGUUACCACCACUGAAACUUGCACAUUCAUUUUGUGCUUUGAAAGCAGAUAAUGGCCCAUGCAGAGCAAUCCUUACGAAAUUCUUUUUCAAUAUUCACACUCAACAGUGUGAAGAAUUUAUAUAUGGGGGAUGUGAAGGAAAUCAGAAUCGCUUUGAAAGCCUGGAAGAGUGCGAAGAAAAAUGUAUAGGAGAUUAUGUAAAGACCAGGACAGAGACCACAUUAGAAAAAGAAAAGCCAGAAUUCUGCUUUUUGGAUGAAGACAGUGGAAUCUGUCGAGGUUAUAUGACUAGGUAUUUUUACAGCAAUGACACAAAGCAGUGUGAACGUUUCAAGUACGGUGGGUGCCUUGGCAAUCAAAACAACUUUGAAUCACUUGAGGAAUGCAAGAACACCUGUGAAGAUGCAGUGAAUGAUAACCAGCUGGAUAUGAUUGUGAAUAAUACAUUACUGUCUGAGACUACGGACAGUAUAUUACCACUUUAUUCUACGACUAAUAUGUUACUGCCUGAAUCUGUGAAUAGUACAUUACCGCUUGAUUCUGUGAAUAAUGACUCCUUCACUCCCCAGCCUACCAACGUCCCUAGCUUUUUUGAAUUUUACGGUCCUUCCUGGUGUCUGACCCCAGCAGACAGAGGAUUGUGUCAAGCCAAUGUGAGCCGAUUCUACUAUAAUUCAGUUAUUGGGAAAUGCCGCCCAUUUAAAUACAGUGGAUGUGGAGGGAAUGAAAAUAAUUUUACUUCUAAAAAUGCAUGUCUUAGGACUUGUAAAAAAGGCUUCAUCCAAAGAACAUCAAAAGGAGGAUUAAUUAAAACUAAAAGAAAAAGAAAGAAGCAGACAGUGAAAAUAGGAUACGAAAAAAUUUUUGUUAAAAAAAUAUAAAUUUGGGGGCACCUGAGUGGCUCAGUCUGUUAAGCGUCUG